AUGUCUACUCUUACCUUGCCGUAUUAUAAAGAUGGUAGCCUCUUGCCCAGCGCUCUCCCGACUCAACGGGAGAUCGAGACGGCAACCAAGUUGCUACCGACAAUUCGCAGCCCUGGCUAUGACGGCCGCAUCGUUGUUAUUAGAGACCAGUAUGUUGUUAAGUACGGCACUUACGUACUGGAAAACGAAGGCCAUGCGUUGCUAUUUAUCGAACAGCAUCUCUCUAUUCCAGCGCCACGUUUGUACGCGAUGUACCGGGAGGGAGAGAAGCUAUAUAUCAUUAUGCAAUUCAUACCUGGGGUAGAUUUACAAUCACUCUGGCCGUCGCUUUCAAAUUUUGAUAAGAAGUCCAUCUUGGGGGAGCUUCGGUGCAUAUUUGAUGAAAUCAGGUCGCUUCCGCCUAAAGGCUUCUUUGGGGGUGUGAUGGGAGGCCCAGUGCCACAUCGAUAUUUCUACUCGAGAGAAAAGAAUCCUGCUAUCACAGGACCUUUUGAAAGGGAAGAAGAUUUCCACCUUGCAAUAGCUGAGCGCUCCCGGCAGAUUUGGGCAGGGAACAAUAGACACGGGUGGAUUUCGGACUUCUUCGCCCGCAAUCUUCCCAUUGCACUCAAGGGCCAUGGAAGCGUUUUUACUCAUUCUGAUUUAUGCCCACAAAACAUUAUCAUUCAAAUUAUUGAUUCUGAAUCAUCUACAAAAAGGUACAGAGUUGGCGCCAUUAUUGACUGGGAAACAGCUGGCUGGUAUCCCACGUACUGGGAAUUUGCGGCUACCUUUGCUUUACUACAAUGGCUUGAUGACUGGCCGGAGAGCUUGGAAAAGAUACUUGACCCUUGGCCGUUGGAAGGCGCUAUGCUACGAUUUGUGCAUCAGGAUCUGGAGUUUUAG